CCCAGUGGUGCAAAGUGCACGGAGGGAAUUGCACCUCUGCGGAACGCCGGGAGAAGGGAAGGGGCGAGAAACCGUUUCGAAGAGGGCAUCGCCAUUCGCGUUUCACCCCAACCCCGGAGUCCUGUUCCCCCCUCUUUUCUGCAGGACGGGUACACACGGAUACCCACCCCCAACCAGAAGACCAUGACUGUGGAGCUCUAUACUAAGGGUGCGAGCGUGUGGGUGCCCGACCCGGAGGCUGUGUGGGCGUCGGCCUGCCUCCUGCAGGACCUCAGGCCGGGUGACGGACACCUCCUGCUUCGGCUCGGUGACGGCAGGGAGGUGCAGUACCCAGUGUCGCCCCCUUCUGGCCUCCCGCCGCUAGGGAACCCUGAUAUUUUGGAGGGGGAGAAUGACCUGACGGCGCUCAGCUUCCUGCACGAGCCCGCGGUCCUGCACAACCUGCGCGUGCGUUUCCUUGACUACAGCAGCAUCUACACCUACUGUGGGAUAGUGCUGGUGGCCAUCAACCCGUACGAGCCGCUGCCCAUCUACGGGGAGGAGGUGAUCGACGCCUACAGCGGGCAGGACACGGCCGACCUGGAGCCCCACAUCUUCUCCGUGGCGGAGGAGGCCUACCGAACCAUGAUCAGGGAGCAGAAGAACCAGUCCAUCAUCAUCAGCGGGGAGUCCGGGUCGGGCAAGACCGUCUCGGCCAAGUUCACCAUGCGCUACUUCGCGGCGGUGGGGGGCGCGUCCCAGCAGACCAGCGUGGAGGAGAGAGUGCUGGCGUCCAAUCCCAUCAUGGAGGCCAUCGGGAACGCCAAGACAACCCGGAAUGACAACAGCAGCCGUUUCGGGAAGUACAUUGAGAUAGGCUUCGGUCGUCACGGUGACAUCAUUGGGGCAAACAUGAGGACCUACCUUCUGGAGAAAUCCCGUGUCGUCUUCCAGGCCCCAGAGGAGAGGAAUUAUCACAUCUUCUAUCAGCUGUGUGCCGGGCGAGAGCUGCCGGAGAUGAGAGCCCUCAAGCUGGACGCGGCGGAGCAGUUCCGCUACACCAGCCAGGGCGGGGAGGCCAGCAUCCCGGGCACGGACAACACGGCCGACCUGGAGCGCACGCGCAGCGCGCUCACCGUGCUGGGCGUGGGGUCUGACCAGCAGAUGGAGCUGUUCCGAAUCCUGGCGGCCGUGCUGCACCUGGGGAACGUCAGCAUCCAGGCCAGCGGGAGAGGGGGUGACCGAAGCUACGUCGACGCUGAGGACCGGUCCCUGGCGGUGUUCUCCAAGCUGCUGGGCGUGGAGCGUGCCCAGAUGGCGCACUGGCUGUGCCACCGGCGGCUGGCGGUGGGGGCGGAGCUUCUGGUCAAGCCCAUGUCCGGGCGGCAGGCGGGGGAGGCGCGGGACGCCCUGGCCAAGAGCGUGUACGGCCAGCUGUUCGGCUGGAUCGUGCGGCGCCUCAACACCGCGCUCCGAGCGCAGAGGGAGCGGCCGCAGUCCGUCAUCGGCGUCCUCGACAUCUACGGGUUCGAGACGUUCGACAGGAACAGCUUCGAGCAGUUCUGUAUAAACUACGCCAACGAGAAGCUGCAGCAGCAGUUUAACUUGCAUGUGUUCCAGCUGGAGCAGGAGGAGUACGUGAGGGAGGGUCUGCCCUGGAGCCGGAUUGAGUUCAGUGAUAAUCAGCCCUGCAUCGCCCUGAUCGAGGGGCCCCUGGGGCUGCUGGACCUGCUGGACGAGGAGUGCAGGAUGCCGAAAGGCUCCGAUGAAAGCUGGGCCCGGAAGCUGUACGACCAGCACCAGAACCAGAACCCCAGUCCACACUUCGGCAAGCCGCGCAUGUCCAACAUGGCGUUCAUCAUCCGCCACUUCGCUGACAUGGUUCAGUACGAGUGUGACGGCUUUCUGGACAAGAAUCGGGACACGGUGUUUGAGGAGCCAAUCAACAUCUUGCGAGCGAGCCAGUCUGAACUGGUGGCUGAGCUGUUUCAACAGGAACCAGCAGGGGGCGCCCUCUCCCAGUCCGGUUUACCGAACGGAAGCCUGCGCUCUGGAAAGAGGGCUCACCGGGAGCACAAGCUGACAGUCGGCUUCCAGUUCCGCCAGUCCCUGCAGCUCCUGAUGGACACUCUGAACUCCACCACUCCCCACUAUGUGCGCUGCAUCAAACCCAAUGACCUCAAACAGCCUUUCCUGUUUGACCCUAAAAGGGCGGUCCAGCAGCUGCGGGCCUGUGGAGUCUUAGAGACCAUCCGAAUCAGCGCUGCAGGAUACCCGUCCAGAUGGGCGUACGCGGACUUCUUCAGCCGGUACCGGGUCUUGCUGCGCGGGUCAUGUGACCCGGGGGAGCCGCUGGAGGCGGGCUGUCAGAGGGCUCUGGCCGCACUCAUCCCCGACCCGGAGCAGUACUGCCUGGGGAGGACCCAGGUGUUCUUCCGGGCGGGGCAGGUGGCCGUGCUGGAGAAGCUGAGGGGGGAGAGGCUGAGGCGGGCGGGCGUGGUCCUGCAGAGCCGGGUCCGGGGCUGGCUGGCCCGCUGCCGGUACCGACGGGCCCGCCGGGCCGCCCUCGUCCUGCAGCGGUACACCCGCGGAGGCCUGGCCCGCAGGGUGGCGCACACCUUGCGCUGUACGCGGGCAGCGGUUGUGAUGCAGAAGACCUACCGCAUGCUGGCCGUGAGGCAGGUGUACCUGCUGAUCCGCCAAGCCGCCAUCACCAUCCAGGCCUUCACACGCGGUGCCCUGGCACGCCGCACCUACAGACAGCUGCUGUCGGAGCGCGCGGCGGUGGUCCUGCAGGCCGGCGUGCGGGGCUGGCUGGCGCGUCGGGCCUACGGGCGGCUGCGGGCGGCGGUGCUGCUGGCGCAGUGCUGCGCCCGGCGGCGGGCCGCCCGCAGGCAGCUGCAGAAGCUGCGGGUGGAGGCGCGCUCGGUGGAGAGGUACCGCCAGCUCAACCGGGGAAUGGAGGUGAAGCUGAUACAGCUGCAGCUGCGGGCCGACCAGCAGGGUCGGGAGAGCGCAGCCCUGCGGGACACCCUGCAGUCUGAGCGCGCGGCCCACGCAGGGGAGCUGGCUCGCCUGCAGGGGGCGCUGCUGAGACUGGAGGAGCAGGUGAAGGAGCAGGCGGCCGCUGCCCUGAAGGAGAGGGAGGAGGAGGACGGGAGGAGGGCGGAGGAGAAGGCCGCUCAGGAGAUUUCUCUCCUCGUGCAGGAGGUCCAAGCCCUGCAGUCAGAGAAGAAUAUUCUAGAAGAAGAGAAGAAGGCCCUGCAUGAUCAUCUACUGGGGCAAGAGAGAGUGCAGGAGGAGCGCGUGGCACAGGGUGUGGCCCAGGCCAGUGAGCGUCUGCAGGGGGAGCUGGAGGAGGAGAGGCGUCGUUAUCAGGGCCUGCUGAAGGAGUUCACCCGUCUGGAGCAGAGAUACGAUAACCUGCGGGAGAUGAGCUCCCUUUUAGAGCGUUCUCGGGGACACAGACGGACGGACUCGUCCCAGAGCCUGGUUCUGGAGCCCCUCUCCCCCGUGUCCCCCUCCUUUUCCGGGCCGCCCCCGUUCCCCGUGCCCGAAGACGACCGGAGGCUCAGCGUGACUACCCCCACCUGCGAGAGGAAACUGUGGGCUCCGGACUCCGCCCUGGAUGGCUUGAUGGACGUGAUGGGCGUGGCCAAGGACGCGGCAGAGAAAAUGAAAGGGGAGGACUUGAGGCACGCUUACGAUGCCGUCCGCGUGGCCAACAAGAUUCUGGAGGACCAGCUGCUAUCCCAGAGGUCCCAGUGGGAGGAGGAGCUCUCUAACCUGCGGCUGCGGGUUCAAAGCCCGAGGGACAGACUGAUGACCCCUGACUCACCCCACUUCACCCCUGACCACGACGCCAUCAAUUUACUGCUGUCUGACAAUAUUGACCUGAUGGAGCAGGUGGAGGUGAGGGAGCAGGAGUGCCUCAGGCUGAGGAGGGAACUGAAGGAGCUGAGACACACAGUCACACUGAGGAGAGCACUGAUACACAUGGGCUCCACCGUGGCCUUGCCCUUUGGACAGGAAGUCCCGCCUACCCAAAAGAGGGCGGAGUUAACGGGGCUCCUGGAGUGCAGGAAGAGGGACGAGGCGAAGCUACUGAAGAACCUGGUCACAGACGUGCGGGUGGACAGCGCCCUCUCCCUGGCCCCGGGGCUGGCGGCCGGCGUGCUCUUCCUGUGCGUGCGCCAGGCGGACUGCAGCGGGGACGAAGCGCGGGCGCGCUCUCUCUGCACCGCUGCCAUCGUCGGCCUCAAGGGGGCGCUCAAGAAACACUGUAACGAUGUGGACAUGACUGCGCUUUGGCUGAAGAACAUCUGCCUGCUGACUGACCUCCUGACCCAACACUCCACCCACCAGGACGGUAGCGGCGGCUCGGAGGAGCCGGUCCUUCUCUCCGCGGACCUGAGCGAGCCGCGGCGGGCGCUGAGCGACCUCUCCAUCCAGGCCUAUCAGCAGCUGCUGUCCAUCACGGAGAGCCGCCUGCAGCCAAUCAUAGUCCCUGCCAUGCUGGAGAGCGAGUCGAUCCCGGGGCUGUCGGUCUCCGGGGGGAAACCCAGCAGCUCCCGAAAGAGGGCGGGGUCCGACGCCCGGACGGGCGGGGCGGGGGCGGAGCCGGGGGCGGGGGCCGGGGCCAGCAUGGGGGCGGUGCUGAAGGAGCUGGGCGCCCUCCACGCCGCCAUGACGCGCCAGGCCCUGCCCCUCGGCCUCCUGGGACAGGCCUUCCGCCAGCUCUCCCACCUGCUGGUGGCCACCGCCCUGAACAGCCUGCUGCUGCGCAAGGACCUGUGCAGCUGUGGGCGGGGCCUGCAGAUCAGGUACAAUGUCAGCCAGCUGGAGGAGUGGCUGCGCAGCCGAGGGCUGCAGGCAGGGGGCGCUGUUGCCACUCUGGAGCCUCUCAUCCAGGCUGCCCAGCUGCUGCAAGUCGGCAAGAAGUCUGAGGCUGACGCGCGGGCCCUCGUCCGCACCUGCACUGCCCUCUCCGGCCAGCAGAUUGUGAAGAUUCUGGGUCUCUAUACGCCUGAUAGCGAUCUUGAGGAGAGGGUGACUCUCAAUUUUAUCCGCAUUGUUCAGGGACUCCUGAAGGAGCGCUCGGAGGGUCAGACGCGCCAGAUCCUCCUGGACGUGCGCCGCGUCUUCCCCGUCACCUUCCCUCGCCUGCCGCCCCCUCCGCUGCGCGCGGACCGGCUGGACAUCCCAGAAUCCCUCAGGCUUUCUUUCCUGCGCAGGGUCUGAGUCGCGAUUCGGGUUUAGUCGGCUUCCAGAAGGUUCUCAGUGAUGGGCGUCCUGAGUCAUCUUCAGUUAUUACAAU